UGAUUAAACCUCUCACUCUAAAAUGAACCCGGCACGCUGAGAGCCACAGAAACGAGGGAGUGGAGGACUUGAGCCUUUGCUAAAGGUGCACACUGGAAGAUACAGAUACACUUGAAGGAGCAGGACCUUGAAGACAAGGUGACGCUAGGAAAUUCCUUAUAAACCGCGCCAGUGGCGGACAAAGGGACCAAAAUUAAAUUCCUGAAUGAGGAAAGCAGCCAGCAUUCUUCUAAAACUGUUUCCAAAAAGAAUUUUCGGCUAGAUCCGUCUCAGAAAUUCCCAAUCCUUCUGUUUAAGUAUGCAGUAAGCCGGCCGUAAUGAGUUAAUCUACAACAGAGGGAUGAUUUCCUUGUGUGACUAAGACAGUAAGUAGACAGAAGGAGGACUAAUUAAAGUUGUAACAUCUGCCUUCUGAGCUCUAAAUGUGUCUACAGGCUACAAGCAUCUUUCGCUCCACUUCCUCGCUCUUAUUUCAAGCGAGGAAGGGUAAAUAAGGAAUCAGCCUGCUCCCAAACAAUGCAACUAAAUCUUCUGCAAGUGGCAUCAUCAUGAUUACCAUAACCAAUGAGUAUACUGUAUGCAACUUGGCUGCUCUCAAGCACUAUUCACAGCAUCUUCCAGCUCAACUUCCACAGCUUGAUGGUGGAGGAGGAGAGCAGGAGAGGAGGAGAAACGGAGGAGGGUGGGAGGUCUGGACUGGAGCACGUAACAUGCUUACAAAUUAACACCACAACCAAACUCGGACAGCGUUGAGUGAGUGUCUCUCCCUCGUCCUGCCCUCCGGGUUGCAGCGCUCUGCCUGCCUCCUCUCUCAGCAUGAGCCAUCUUCUCGGUUGGAUCAGUCUGCGGUCUCCACUUUAACGAUUCCGCGUCGCCGCUGAUGCCGCCGCCGCUCCACUUCUGACCGACUUCCCCAGCUGGAGCCCGACCGAGCAGCAGCAGCAGCAGCGGCAGCAGCGGCAGUCCCUCUGCACGGCUCUCUGCCCCCGCUGCUGUGUCAAAAGAUAAACCCGACACCAGCAGAAAACCGACACUGCGGGAGGUGACAGAUUCAGAUUCAGAUCCAGAACCAGAUCGAGCUCUCUGCAACAAAAACCGCGGAGCCCCAUCGGAGAAUAUCGGCCACGCCAGAUCUGCACGGAGGGGGAAAUCUUGAUAAGUGUGAGCCGGGGUUUCGUUUCUUUUUUUUUUUUUUUUGUUCCUACAAACUCGGAUGUGCUUGAUGUGGCAUUGGCGGUGACUUUCCUCUCUUCCAGCCCUCGAGAUGAGCCUUCUCCCGGAACCUGACUGUGUACAAACAGCCGGACUGUGGGAAUAGGACUUUAUCACCGAGCCCGGCUCAUCAACGACAAUAAAAGAGACUUUAUUGGUCACCGACGGAGCUUCUACUUGGUGGAAGAAAAAAACAACAAAAAAACGCAUAUUACUUGCUAUAAAUCAAGCCAGGAGGAUCGAGCCCAAGUGCAAGACGAAUGGUUUGGGCAUGGUGCCCACGCCCCAGGUGUGCGUAUCAACCCUGGUCACGGUGAGCACGAUGGCAGUGGUGGACCUCUACCUGCUGGAGCAGAGCAUGCUGGGAGCUCGGGGUCUUCCAGGACCUAGUGUGUGGCAGUAUGCGGCAGUGUUGCUAGGUGAUGUGGGCUUCCUGCUCGCGCUGCGCUUUGUGUCGGCCGGCGUAGUGUCAGAGGCGCGGUCGCCACGCCGUGGUUUUGCCAACGCUCUCUGGUUCCUUUUCCUGUCCUUGCUCCAGCUCAAGCUCUUCUUCGUUUGCCAUAACUACAGGCAGGAGCGCCGGCCACCCGACCCGCUGGCCAGGAAGACCCUGACGCUGCUCCUUUCCAUCUGUCUGCCAUCCCUGUUUCUUAUCUUGACAGGAGCUGACCACAUGACCCCGCAGCGCAGGAAACAGGAAGUGCGGGGCCGGCUUCUGUGGGUGGUGGUGGACCUGCUGGAUGUGCUGGACCUGCAGGCGGGGCUGUGGGAAGCCCAAGGAGGGGCUGCAGCAGGGACUGGAGGCGUCGUUGAGCAGAGGCUGCCCAUCUGGGCCGAGGGCCUGGUCUUCUUUUACUGCUACGCCCUCCUGCUGCUGCUGCCUUGUGUGGCCCUCACAGAGCUGGGGGCCACUGGCCUGCCAGGACAGAGGGGGCCCCGUAAGGAGGCUUUGUACCCCUGGCUCAGCUUGGUUACUAUCAAUAUCUUCACCCUGGCCCUGAGGGGCACAGGCAUGCUGUGGUACAGGGACUCACGUGUGUCCACUGUGUUCCUGGGGAAGAACCUGCUGGCUCUGGCUGUGAAGCUGAGCUCAGCCUGGGAGAAACACAAGCAGGAGCGCAGUGCUGCAGGAGCUGGGACUGUGGCUGGAGCAGAACCAGGAGACUCGACCUUGCCAAGCCAGAGCUCAGGGCAGGGAGAGGGCCAGGCCCAGGGGAAAGCUCCUCCCUCUCAUUAUCAAACACUGUCUCGCUCCCAAAGCCACACUCUCUCCCACGUCAGCCUGGAGCCCACAGAGACACCCUUAGGACCCUCUUUCAUCUCCCAUGAACUCUAGAGAGUCACUCUGAAUAUGCGCGCAUGCACAAAAGCAUGUACCCACACCCAAAACUCGGACCAGCCAGGCCAGUAUCACAUCCAAACAGAUAUUGAGUUUCAGUACAACGGUGAUGGGUAUAAUGCAAAACUGUGUAAAUGCAUUUGGCAAGCUUGGCUUUCGGCACAUUUUGUUGUGCUAAGAAUAACUCAAAAUGCAUUGCUGUGAUUUGUGGGACUGUAUUUUUAAAUUGAACACUGUGAACACAUUCAUCAGACUGUACAGAAUAUUCAAGAAACUUAAGUGGAGAUCGAGUAGUGGUUAUUCCCUUUUUUAAUCAGGGUGCGACUGUCCAAACUGCCACAGGAUUUAAUUUGUUGCAUUCAGACACCUUUGAGGUUUUCUGUUUACAGGAACAAUCAUCUGUGGUUUGAUUGUUAAAUUUGAGUUCAGUUCUUGUGGUUUGUGGGGAGGGGAAUCAAUGUUCUUCUGCCAUCCAAAACUUUGACCUGUAGUGUACAUUUUCUCUGUCACUUCAGAGGGAAUCUUCACAGAGAAAAGUUUAAUACAGAGGGGUGAUGAUUUAUUUUUCCUCUUCAGUACCACAGAGACAUGACUCAAAAGCCAUCUACCAGUAAAACUCACUCUACACACAGUGCUCCAGUAUUUCAAUGUAGAGUCUAUCCCUGUGAGUCCAAACCUUUCUGGCUUGUGUCCCUUUAAAUCAAAGUCUACUCACAAUCCCAAGUGAUGUUCCCGUCUUAGAUUUUUCUUAUUUCAAUAUGUUUCAGAGGCCUGAAGUGGUAAAGCUAUCCACUUUUUCACAAUAAAACAAGGUUAGAGAAGAGUCAGAAAAACACAACAAACAUAAUAUGGGUAGUGGACGUUUUCUCCUCAUAUCUAAUCUUUUUAUGUCAUGGCCUCCCAGAUUCAUCCAUGCAAGUGUCCUGCCAGAUUUUCAUUCAACCAAAAGAAAACACCGGCUGACAUUACUUAAUAGUUGCCUGGCAGGAAAUAUUAAUCAGUAAAAUACUGUGGUGUUUGGUUGGAGUGAAAACCUGCAGACUCAUGGGGUCAUGGUCCACCAUCUCUGCCAAACUGGGUUUUUUGUCUUUUCCUUGAUUUAGAUGGAGAAUUUGAUCAUCAGCUGGACUUGAAUUUAGAGAUGUGUAUUGUACCUUCACAUAUAUUUCAUGUUAAAACCAUCCAGUAGUGGUUUUAGCACAGCAAAAUGUGCAUGACUAAAGAUGCCAACUACUUAUGAAAAACACUGUUUUCAUAAAUAAAACCUUUCAAUUGUAGGGCUUAAAGAUGGGCAAUAUCAUCCUAUAACAUACACAACAGUACAGGUCUAUUUUAGUACAUUGUUUACAAAGACAGAAUACCAAUGUAAGUAAUCCCUUUACAGUUUCACAACACAUUCAAAAUUCAUGUUUUGCUGUCUUCUGUCAUUGGUACUUGUUUCAGAGUCUCUGUUAGUCAUUUUCAAAAAGAAGAAGAGAACAAAAGCUGCCUGUCUCUCUCAAAUCCAUUUUUUUCACUUUAGAUGAUGAAAGAGUUAAAACAUUUUAAUUCCAUUUGAAUUACAGAGCUUUUCAUUCACUGAUUUGUUAAGAUGUGGGUUUUGUAGUAUUUGGACAUCAUGGGAUUAUGGGUCAAAGCUGCAGCAGGGGCAGAUCAAGAGGGGUGGCAUGGAGGAGGGACAGCGGCCUGGCCACAAGAGCUGUCCUCCCAGUUUGGUGUCAAAUGCUGUCAAAUUUAACACAUUAAUUUAGAUUAAUUUGAAAAAUAAUGUUAGAAAACUGAAAUCAACACAAUGAUCUGUUAUGGCCAAAUUGUAGACCAAUUGUUAGGCUCAAGUUUAGUGAAAAAAUACAUGUAUUUGGGAAAAUGUUUAUAGAUUCGGAAAUAAAACAAUUUAUUGAUUUCUAAUGCCAGCCUCAGAUAUUUAUAUUCAAUGUGCCACAGUAAUUUUAUGUUUUUGAGUUAAAAUAUCUUAUCCAAGCAAAUGUUCAUAUAUGUGAUUUUUUGCGAUGAAAUCAUCACAUAUGAAUAUUCCAUGAAAAUAAAUGAAAAGUUUUCUAGAUCUGCCCCUGAGCAGCAGGUGUAGAGGAUAUACAGUACAGUUAAGUGCCUUGUUUCCUCACGUAGGUCAUGAGGCAGACACGUUAUGUUUUACUACGUGGGGACUUGGACAUAUUACCAUGUGUGUACUGUGAAGUUAUUCCACAGCUGUUGUCAGCUACACCUCCAGGACAGAGUGCAAACUAAUAAAGUGUUUCAUACUUGCUUAGUGUUGACAGUUCAUUGGCUAUUAUGUGGGAGUCUGUCCAAAUUAUUCAUGGCCAAAAGGCUUCAUGGACAAAUAACUGCCUGAUACUUUCAAAAUCUCGUUUAUAAUAAAGUCAAUCAACUCCCAUUCUGCAGUCACAGAAAAUUGGUGUUUUUAUGUUUUUUUUUCAUACUGGAACUGGUGAAGUGAAUGGAUGCCCCCCCACAUAUUCACGCUAGAAAAGCAUGCUCUUUGCCUCAUGGAGCGGCACCCUGACAAAAGGCCGUCAUUUAUCACAAUUAUGCCAGCGGUCCCAUCAGCUCGGAUCCUCUCCCAGUAAUCCUUGAG